CUUUAACUAGUAUAAAUACGCUGCGUAAAUCAUUCAAAACCCUUCAAUCUUGUCUUCAAUAUUUGCUCGAUUUUCAAGGAAAACAAGUCUGAGAUGGCGGGCGGUGGAGCGUCGAGAUUGAGGAAGAGGGUGGAGGCCGAAUCCUCCUCUUCUUCUGCUCUCAAACGCGCUAAAGAUGGCAGCGCUUUUGCCAAAUGUGAAGAGUGCAACAAAGAUGUGCCGGUGGCGUUGAUAAGCUUCCACAACUGUAGCCUUGAUGCUAAAAUUAAGAUGAAUCUGGAGGCCCAGAUUGUGGAAAUGCCUAGUGAGGCCAAGAAGAAGUCAGCACCAGAAAAAAAGAAGACUAAGCAGACGGAGCCAAGAGUAAAGAAGGAAAAGAAGGCCAAGAAUCCAAAUGCACCAAAGCGUCCUCCCACUGCAUUCUUUGUGUUCAUGGAAGAGUUCAGGAAAUCCUUUAAGGAGGCUAAUCCUGAAUGCAAGAGUGUUGCUAUGGUUGCCAAGGAGGGUGGUGAGAAAUGGAAAUCCAUGACUGAUGAGGACAAGAAGGUUUAUAUUGAUAGAGCUGCAGAGCUUAAAGCAGAAUACGAAAAGGUCUUGGGGUCUAAUGAUGUAGAAAAUGAACAAGAUGUGGAUGAUUCAUCUGAGAAAGAAGCCAAGGAGGAAGUAGAAGCAGAAGAUUCAUCUGAGAAGGAAAUCAAGGAGGAAGUAGAAGUGGAUGAUGAAUAGACCACUAGUCUCUUUUUUAGGCACUUAGGAUAUGUUUUUAAAGCUGCUUGUAAAUUUUCACCUUUAUCAGUUUACUAGAUUUGUCUCAAGGGAUUAUGUGAAAUGGAGAGUCGUACCCUCUGGCUUUUUGCUUUCUGAAA